AUGCUGCGCACGAUGUUUCUCCGCAAAUCGUUCAUCGCCUUCCUAUUGGCCUUGUCGCCUCAAGCAUUGGCCUCUUCGACAUGUCGUUGCUUCCCAGGUGAUUCUUGCUGGCCAUCUGACAGUGCCUGGUCACAAUUCAAUAAAACUAUCGAGGGACAACUUAUUAGUACUGUCCCGCUUGGUACACCAUGCCAUGCUCCAAACUACAAUGCCACCACUUGCGCAACGCUGAAAGCCGGAUGGGUGCUUCCAGAGGAACAUUAUGAGUCCUCUUCCUCAGUCAUGGCCCCGUUCUUUGCUAACGGAACCUGUGACCCAUAUCACCCUGUCUCAAAGCCUUGCACCCUUGGCAAUUAUGUUCGGUACAGUGUGAAUGUCACCAGCCCGUCUCACAUUUCUGCCGCCUUGAAAUUUGCAACAAAGCACAAUAUUCGUGUCAUCAUUCGGAACACUGGUCAUGACUAUAAUGGCAGGUCGACCGGAGCUGGAGCUCUUGCAAUUUGGACUCAUCAUCUGAAGGACCUAGAGAUCCAUGACUUCAAGGACAAACACUACACUGGCAAGGCCAUUUCUAUGGGCGCUGGUAUUCAAGGAUUCGAAGCUUAUGAGAUUGCGGAUGAGAACGAUCUCCAAGUCGUGGGAGGUGAAUGCCCCACUGUUGGUCUGGCCGGUGGAUAUAGCCAAGGAGGUGGACACUCGGCGCUUUCCUCCCGGUAUGGACUAGGCGCAGAUCAGGUCUUGAAAUGGGAAGUCAUCGAUGGCCAGGGCAAUUUUAUCACUGCCACUCGAGACAACGAGUAUUCCGAUAUCUUUUGGGCUCUGAGUGGUGGCGGUGGUGGCACCUAUGGAGUCGUCUGGUCAAUGACUUCAAAGGCGCAUCCUGGUACCCCCGUUUCCGGCCUUAAUUUGACUUACACAAGCACCAACCUCACGGCGGAUACGUUCUAUAGCACCAUCGAGAAGUUUCAUGAGAACCUUCCUGCUCUCGUGGAUGCGGGCGCUAUGUGUAUCUGGUACUACACUAACGCUUUCUUCGAGAUCUCCCCGAUCACUGGCCCCAACAUUCCUGUGGCCAAGUUGGUGGAGCUUCUUGAGCCUUUUACCACAAGUCUUGACAAGCUAAAAAUCAACUACACCAUGACAACAGGUCAAUACAGUAGCUAUUAUAGCCAAUUUAAGGAUAUGCAAGGCACGAUUGAGGUUGGUACUGCGCAAUAUGGUGGCUAUCUCAUUCCAAGGUCGGUGGUAGAAAACAACAACAAAGCUCUGGUUCAAGCCUAUCGUGAAAUUACGGAAGCUGGCGCGACCUUCAUUGGUGUGGGCUUAAAUGCUUCACAUAAAGUCUCUGGAGACGUUUAUAAUGCAGUCCUUCCUGCCUGGAGAGACGCACUGAUCGACACAACUCUAACUACCCCUUGGGAGUGGGAUAAUAAUACUCUAAUGCUGGAACGUCAGGACCAGAUGACAUACGAGUUUAUCCCCAAGCUGGAGGCACUCGCCCCAAACUCAGGUGCCUAUAUGAAUGAAGGCAACUUCCAACAACCUGAUUUCCAGAAGGUCUUUUACGGCAAAAACUAUGAUGCGUUACGCAAAAUCAAGUCCAAGUACGAUCCUCAUGACAUUUUCUACGCCAAGACCGCGGUUGGAUCUGCCGAGUGGAGAGAGAGAGAGGAUGGCCGGUUAUGCAGAGUCGACCAAUGGAAAUCCUCGUGGGUCGCGUUUGACAAAAUAUAA